UCGUGGUUGUAUCUCUUUAUUAGUUCUACUGGAUCUUAGCGCUGCGUUCGACACUAUCGACCACAACAUUCUUUUGAAUAGACUAGAAAACUUUGUUGGCAUUAGUGGAAGUGCCUUAGCAUGGUUCAAAUCGUACUUAUCUGACCGCCAUCAGUUCGUAGCAGUGAAUGAAGAGGUAUCAUAUCGAUCACAAGUGCAGUAUGGAGUACCUCAAGGCUCAGUACUAGGGCCGUUACUUUUCACGCUUUAUAUGUUAUUUUUAUACGUUUAUAUUUGGGAGAUAUUAUCAGGAGACAUGGUGUUAGCUUUCACUGUUAUGCUGAUGAUACUCAGCUCUAUAUUUCUUCGCGGCCCGGUGAAACACACCAAAUUGAGAAACUAACGGAAUGCGUAGUCGAUAUAAAAAACUGGAUGACGAGUAAUUUUUUACUGCUAAGUUCUGAAAAAACAGAGGUGCUAAUUAUCGGACCUAAAAACCCCACAUGUAAUAACCUAGAACAUUAUCUAACACUUGACGGCUGCUCUGUCAAUUCUUCUUCAUCAGUCAGGAACCUAUAGCAAUCUGUCAUUUGAAAGCCAUGUUUCUAGCAUCUGUAAAACUGCAUUUUUUCAUCUCAAAAGCAUAUCUAAAUUGCGACCAAUGCUCUCGACGUCAAAUGCAGAAAUGUUAAUUCAUGCGUUUAUGACCUCAAGGUUAGACUAUUGUAAUGCUUUAUUGGGUGGUUGUUCUGCACGCUUGAUCAACAAAUUACAGUUAGUCCAAAAUGCAGCAGCUAGAGUCCUUACUAGAACCAGGAAAUAUGACCAUAUUAGCCCGGUUCUGUCAACACUGCACUGGUUUUAAAAUCUUGUUAAUUACUUAUAAAGCCCUGAAUGGUUUAGCUGCUCAGUACUUGAGCGAGCUCUUAUCGCAUUAUAGUCCUCCACGUCCGCUGCGUUCUCAAAACUCUGGCCGUUUGAUAAUACCUAGAAUAUCAAAAUCGACUGCGGGCGGCAGAUCCUUUUCCUAUUUAGCACCCAAACUCUGGAACAAUCUACCUAACACUGUUCGGGAGGCAGACACACUCUGUCAGUUUAAAUCUAGAUUAAAGACCCAUCUCUUUAGCCUGGCUUACACAUAACAUUAAUACGCUUCUAUUAUUCAAAUCCGUUAAAGGAUUGUUAGGCUGCAUUAAUUAGAUCAACUGGAACCGGGAACACUCCCCAAAACACACGAUGUACUCGUUACAUCGUAAGUUGAAUGGCAUCUACGCUAAUAUUUGUCUGUUUCUUUCCUAUUCUGUUUCUCAGUCCGUAUCCGAUCAGAUGGUGGAUCAGCACCAAGAGAUGAUGUCUAAAGCCCUGAUCGUCAGCGGAGACUAGGACACCCAGAUGACCCCCAGAGAUAUAUCCCCAGAUAUAUCAACCAAAAAUAACAAAAUAACUAAAAUAUAAUAAAAUACCUAACUACAUAAUACUACUAUUGUUAGAAAUUGCAACAAAAUUAAAAUAGAAAUAUAAACUUUUGAACUGCGGGUUUCAUCUGGUCAGAGGCGAACUGGCCCCCCGACUGAGCCUGGUUUCUCCCAAGGUUUUUUUUUUUUUUUCUCCAUUCUGUCACAGAGGGUGUUUUGGUUCCUUGCCGCUGUCGCCUCUGGCUUGCUCAGUUGGGGACACUUAAUUUCUAGCGAUUAUCGCCGAUUUGAUUGCACAGAUACUAUUUAAACUAAACUGAGCUAGACAAUGACAUCUCUGUAUACAAUAAUGAAAUGCCUUUAACUGAAAAUUGAGUGUUUAAUCUUAUCAUUAUACAUUACUGACACUCUAUCCUCCAAUUUGAUACUGUUAAGUGCUUUGACACAAUCUGUAUUGUAAAAGCGCUAUAUAAAUAAAGGUGACUUGACUUGACUUGACUUCCACAUCAGAUUCUAGAAUGUUACUAACAACAUAUUUCUGCCUCAUCAUUUGACCAAAAUCCACAUUGGAUCGCAGUCAGAAGUUAUUACAAACACUCAAUAGUGACUGAUAGUGACAUUCAAGUACAAGUAUUGUAUUAAUCUCAUUAACUGUCAUGUGUAGCUUGAAGCUAAUUUAAAUUUCUCUGUUACCCAUAUACAAUUAUAUUCAUUAGGCGUAUUUUAUCAAAUCAAGUUUGUAAGAAACGGUUUAAUUUUCCAAAAAGAUUUUUAAUUAUAGUACUAGGCCUAUAAUGUAGCACAUGCUGAUCAGAGGGAUGUAAUGCCAGAGUAAAGUAAAGCCAACUUACACAACAGUGUUCAAAUAAUUUCUUUCCCCUGACAAAAUCAAUAUAAUGCAACAUUUCUAUCUGCUGAAUGUAAGCUGCACCGGGGACAUCACAUGCAUGUGGGACUCGUGAAAAUUAUGAAAAAUCUAGGAAUUAUUUGAUUGUUGGAUUUUAAAUCAGCGGGGUUGAGACAUCAAAAGUAACUAAGCUGUUUUAUGGAUGGUAACUGUAAUAUUAUUACUGAAAUGUUUUUAUUAAUUAGUUACACUACUAGUUACUGCAAAAAUGAAUGUUAUUACAGUAACUAACUUACUAGUAACUAGUUACUGCCCUACACUGCACACGACUAACAUUGUGUAUCUGAGUGAACGCCGUGUCUCAUGAUCUGUUUCUCUCAGGAUCUGUUCAGAUGAAUUAUUGUGUUUGUUUGUCAUUUCCAUUCAGAGUCAGUGCUGGAGAUCAGAUUCUGUUUAAUCAUGGAUCACACACAAACAUCCACAGAUGAAGAGUUUUCUCCAGGACGCAGUUUAGUUCAGCAGAAGAGAUCAGAAGCAGAGUCCAGCUGUGUAUCUCUGAGGAGUGACGCGUCUAUGGAUCAUCCAAUAGAGUUUAAGAGUGGAGAUACAAAGACUGAUCUCAGUUCAGUUCAGCAGAAGAGAUCAGAAGCAGAGUCCAACUGUGUGUCUGUGAGGAGUGAUACGUCUGUGAAUCGUCCAAUAAAUUUUAAGAGUGGAGAUACAAAGACUGAUCUCAGGCAUGAAGUCCACAACAGGUUUAGAUCAAAUCUGAUGAAGAAGUUUAAGCGUCUGUAUGAGGGAACAGCGACGCAGGGAAACCCAACACUCCUGAAUGAGAUCUACACAGAGCUCUACAUCACAGAGAGUGAGAGUGGAGAGAUCAGUAAUGAGCAUGAGGUGAGACAGAUUGAGACACAAUCCAGGAGAGCAGCAACAGAGGACACAGCCAUCAAAUGCAAUGACAUCUUUAGACCUUUACCUGGACAAGACAAAGCCAUCAGAACUGUGCUGACAAAGGGAGUCGCUGGCAUUGGAAAAACAGUCUCUGUGCAGAAGUUCAUCCUGGACUGGGCUGAAGGGAAAGAGAAUCAGGACGUCCAGCUCAUAUUUCCACUGCCUUUCAGAGAAAUCAACUUGAUGAAGGACAAAACACUCAGUCUUUCAGAUCUUCUUCAUUUCUUUUUCCCUGAGACUAAAGAAAUGGAAAUAUCCAGUGAUGAAUAUAAAGUGUUGUUCAUCUUUGAUGGUCUGGAUGAGUGUCGUCUGUCUCUGAACUUUAAGAGCAAAGUGAAAUUGUGUAAUAUAUCUGAAUCAGCCUCAGUGGACGUGCUGCUGAUGAACCUGAUUGUGGGGAAUCUGCUUCCCUCUGCUCUCAUCUGGAUCACCUCCAGACCAGCAGCAGCUGAUCUCGUCCCCUCUGAGUGUGUCCAUCGAGUGACAGAGGUACGAGGCUUCAAUGAGCCACAGAAGCAGGAAUACUUCAGGAAGAGAAUCAGUGAUCAGAGUCUGGCCGAUACAAUCAUCUCACACCUGAAGUCAUCAAGGAGCCUCUACAUCAUGUGCCACAUCCCAGUGUUCUGCUGGAUCUCAGCCGCUGUUCUGGAGAAGAUGUUGCGUCCAGCAGAGAGUGGAGAGAUUCCCAAGACUCUCACUCAAAUGUACACACGCUUCCUGAUCCUUCAGACCAACAUCAAACAUGAGAAGGACUAUGAGAAGAAAGUGACAGAUGAAGACAUGAUCCUCAAACUGGGGAAAGUGGCUUUUCAGCAGCUUGUGAAAGGCAACCUGAUCUUCUAUGAGGAAGACCUGAGAGAGUGUGGCAUUGAUAUGAGAGAAGCAUCAGUGUACUCAGGAUUGUGCACUCAGAUCUUCAGAGAGGAGUUGGGCUUGUAUCAGGGGAAAGUCUUCUGCUUUGUUCAUCUGAGCAUUCAGGAACAUCUAGCGGCUCUAUAUGUGCAACUCUACUGGACAAACAACAACAGAAAUGUGUUUGACCAAAUCACCAAACAGAGUUUGUGGUCUAAAGUGAAGGACUGGUUUAAAAAUGUUUCAUUAUCUGAGCUGCAUCAGAGAGCUGUGGAUGAGGCUCUACAGAGUAAAAAUGGACAUCUGGAUCUUUUCCUGCGGUUCCUUCUGGGUUUUUCAGUGGAGUCUCAUCAGAUUCUCCUACAACAAAUAAUGACACUGAAAAGAAGUAGCUCUGACAGCAAUGAGAAAACAGUUGAGUACAUCAAGAUGAAGAUCAGGACCAUUGACUCUCCAGAGAAAUCCAUCAAUCUGUUCCACUGUCUGAAUGAACUGGGUGAUCAUUCACUAGUGGAGGAAAUACAACAGUAUCUGACAUCUGGAAGAAUAAAGGAAGCCAAACUCUCUUCAUCUCAGUGGUCAGCUUUAGUUUUUGUGUUGUUGACAUCAGAAGAGGAACUGAAUGAGUUUCGUCUUGAUAAAUUUGUUAAAGGAAAGAAUGACCCUGAAAAUAUGAAAGUUCUUCAGAAGCUGCUGCCUGUGAUUAAAGAAUCCAGAUCAGUUCAGUUGUGGGAUUGUGGCGUCACAGAUGAAGGUUGUGCUGCUCUGGCUUCAGCUCUGAGAUCAAACCCCUCACACCUGAGAGAGCUGCAUCUGUCUGGGAAUAAAAUAGGAGAUUUGGGUGUGAAGCGUCUCUGUGCUGUACUGGAGGAUCCUCGCUGUAAACUGGAGAUACUGUGGUUGAAUAAUUGUGGCGUCACAGAUGAAGGUUGUGCUGCUCUGGCUUCAGCUCUGAGAUCAAACACCUCACACCUGAGACUACUGUAUCUGUUUGGGAAUAAACUAGAUUCAGGAGUGAAGUUACUCUUUGAUCUGGAAGAUGAUCCACACUGUAAACUGGAGACAUACUAUUGACUCUCAGUAUUUAGACGUCAGUCCAGUUUCUUCAGGAUCAGCUGAUGGUGAAUAAGGAGCCGCUACAGAGACGUCACAGUCACACAAUCAACAGAGACUGAAGACACAGAGACACACAGCAUCACAGAAAGUUAAAACACAGGGCUUAAAUACGCAGAGUUAGCAAUGGCAGGCGUGACAAUUCACUACAAUAUUUUAUUUUUAAUUUAAACUGGAACCAAUUGCAAUUUUUCUUUUUUUACUCAUUUGCAUUGAUGUUAUGCCUUGAGACACUAACAUGUGUGUAACGGAUCAAACAGCGGGAUCUAAUUUAUGAUAGCUGCGUUGUAACUGAUGCUUGUGUGUCAGCUUGUGAUUUUAAACAUGUCCAAAAGAAGUAGUUUGAGCUGUAAGGGUGGAUAUUUGAGGAGAAAUGGAAAGAAAGGCAUGUUCUUUGAGGUCGACUCAGACCGGUGUUUAAUCAUGACCCGUGGCUGUGGUAAAAGUUUGCGAUAUAAACUGAUCUAUGAGAUGCACUGGUCACUUAGUUGUUUUAAUGAUGUGUGAGGUGACAAUAUGUAGUUCUGCAAAAAACAAAAGCACGAGUCUUUCACUGCAGAAAGUCUUAUUGACAUCAAAUUAUUCAGACUGGAUUUCCCUCGAUCAAAACGUCAUCAGCAAACAUGUUUAAAACAAUCAAAAACAACAAAAUACGAUGAAACGACAAAAGUGAUCAAAUAUUUCCAAAUCCUCCUCACACUGAUUGGAUCCUACUGUGACGAGGACGAGUCCUCAUUUGUUACGCCCCGUGACUCAAAAGAGACGGAACAAAAACAGAGACACACAAGAAAGAAAGAAGAAGAAUACAAUCUCAGGGUUUCUGCGGGGUCUUAAAAAGUCUUAAAUUGAACAAGAAUUUGUCUUAAUUAUGAUUUCAAGAGAUCUUAAAUGUGGGUACGGAAAGACCAGAAUUGUGAUAUGGCUGAAUGUGACGAUUAAACUUCAAAAGGCUAUGAUUUCAUUAAAUAAACAUGAGCGCAGCAUGUUCAAAGUCCGGUGCUGCGCUGCUGGCUGCCCACUGCUCCGGGUGUGCGUGUGUGUGUUCAUGGUGUGUGUGUGUGCACUUGGACGGGUUAAAUGCAGAGCAUAAAUUCUGAGUAUGGGUCACCAUACUUGGCCACACUUCACUUUAAUUUUUUUUUUCUUCCACUUUCAUUAUGAUGUAUUAUAUUAAGCAUCAGGUAAAGCAUUCAAUUUUCAAUAAAACAGGUAUCGGAAGACAUGCGAUUGAGUUUAAUUUGUGAUUUUGCUAAUUCUCUAUAUAUCUUCAGUGAGUCGAGCAGUAAUCAGCACUGGUGAUCUACAGAGCAAAAGAUCUGUCCAACAAUAAGUGGAUGACGUUUCCUGAAAAAAAGUGUUUGGUUUCUCUGAAGGAUUUCAGCAGCAGCGAGCUCAAAAUGAGAUGCACGCUGGAGUUUCUCUUGAAAUUAAAGUCUGCACAGUAUUUACUAGAAUAUUUUCCAUGACAUCGAUG